AACUACAAGUCCCACAAUGCAACGGAAUCAUUUGCCAUGGAACUGGGGAAAGUACGGAACUGUCUCUAAAUGUACUUUCAUUUUCGCUUUUUAUGCUGACUAACUUGACGACAUGGCUUCUCUGGGUAUUCAUCUCGAGUCGAAGAAACAGGUGGAUGACUUCUGCCAAAAACUCACCAAGGAGGCCGAAGAACUGGUUUCCAAAUAUUUCCCUCAGAAGAUUGAAGAGUUGCAGAUGCUGUUGAAGACAUCUUUCAGCUGUGAAGACCUGGCAUCCCUGAAGGCUCCGCUGGACAUCCCAAUACCAGACCCAGUUAAAGAGGAGGCCAAACGCAAGAAGAAGGAGGAGAAGGAGGCAAAGGAGGGGAAGGAGGGGAAGAAAGACAAGGACAGCGAUAAAGAGGAUGAAGAUUCAGGGCCUCCUUGUGGUCCCAUCUGCAGCAACGAGCGAGUGGAGAGUCUCCUGCAGGAGGUCAAGCCUCAGAUCCAGACACUGAAGGAGAAGCUCAACACAGUGUCAAUGUGGGUGCAACUCCAAAUCCCUAGAAUUGAAGAUGGUAACAACUUUGGAGUGGCUGUCCAGGAGAAAGUGUUUGAGCUUCUGACCAACACACGCACCAAGAUCGAGGGGUUCCAAACUCAGAUUUCAAAGUAUUACAGUGAGAGAGGUGAUGCUGUGGCCAAAGCUUCCAAACUAUCCCACGUGGGAGACUACAGACAGCUGGUUCAUGAGCUGGACCAGUAUCAGUACUGUGAGCUCCGCCUCGUGGUCCUGGACAUCUGCAACACAUAUGCUGUGCUGUUUGACAUCAUUAACAAGAACUAUGACAAGAUUAAGAAGCCCAGAGGAGACGGCAAGGCUCUCAUCUACUGAGACUCCAGCACACUCGCAAGCUUUCUAACAAGAUACAACUAGUGUAGUAUGACACUCAUGUAACAAUACACCCACUCUGACAAAAAUGUCUUCUUUUUCCUAUUGUGUGUUCAUUUUGGUUCAGAUUACAAAAUAAAGCAACACGAUUCCGAUA